AUGAACGGCUCCGGUUACCAGCACUGGAGGCCUUCCCAUGGCCUGCGCCACACUGGGGAUCGCUCCGGGCUGGCCGCGGGGAAGGGGAUGCGGGAGCUCAGCAACCUCGCGCCCCCCAAUCCCCACGGGAGUGGAGCCUUCCGGGGGCCAGCAGGAAUGGCGCCGAGCCGCGCUCACCGCCUCACGCCAGCCGACGACGAGCUCUACCAGCGCACGCGGGUGACGGUGCUGGAGGCCGAGUCCCCCAAUGCCAUGUUCAUCGAGGGCUACACCAACCGCGGCUUCGCCGUCAGCGGCAGCCUCGUCGUGGGGCCCUGCGCCGUCCUGCCCCGCGCCAUCCUCCAGUGGAACGUCGGCUCCCACUGGGACAUCUCCUCGGAGAGCCUGGCGCUCUUCCGCCUGCUGGAGCCCCGCAUCGAGAUCCUGGUGCUGGGCACGGGCGACAGGGUGGAGCGGCUGCAUCCCGCCCUGAUGAAGCACAUGCGGGCGUGCGGCAUCGCCGUGGAGGUGCAGGACACGGCGAACGCCUGUGCGACCUUCAACUUCCUCAUGAGCGAGAAGCGCCUCACGGCGGCCGCCCUCAUCCCGCCGCGGAGCUGCUGAGCGCCGGGGACGCGCCUGGCACCGCUCUCCUCGCCCCGCGGCUGCUGCGCCCCGCGCCGCGCUGCUCCCCAGGGGACCACGCUGCAGAAGAAGGCAGCCUGGCCCCGGCGCGGGCGGCGCUGCGGCUCGCGGGCCCUGUGGCUGCGGGACUCGUUGGGCUGCCGGGGCUGCACCUUGUGCUGUGCGGUACCUGCGGCCGCCGGCCCCAGGCCCGUGAUUCUGCGUGCUGUGAGAUAAACAAAGUGGCCCGAGGGCCCCGUGACUCCCGCCUGGGCUGUGUCGCAGGCCGGGCACUGCA